CCGGAAGAUGGCGGUAUUGACUGAACUGCAGGGAGUUGGUUUGAUAGAAAAAGAUACAAAUUCUGAUGUCUUGUGGACAUGGUCGUACCCAUCAAUAUCUGGUGAAAAGAGAGAUCUUUUAAUGAAGAAGUGUUGUUUAAAACGAGACAGUAAUGAAGUUAUCCAGCUAGUAUUUGGUCAACAUGGACGACAGUGGUAUUAUAUUUAUACAACAGAAGUUGAAGACAUACCUGUGCUAUCUAGGGUAAAAUAUUUCUCUCUUGUACUGCUUUCAAAAGACUACAACCCUGAAAAAUACAAGACUUUGUGCCAAAUAUUGAGUAAACUAUUUUUAGAAACAGGGAAUCCUGCUACAAUGCUGCAAGGUUAUCUAUCUGUUCUGACCAAAGGUUCCUGCACCUGUGUAGACAAUGGCACAUUUGCAGUUGAAGACCACGAUGCCAGAAAAUCAUACAUUGCUUCAUCAAUAAAAGAUGUAAUCAGAGUAUUUGGUGUAGAAACUAUUUUAAUUUACACAGCAUUAAUAUUAAAAAAAAGGGUUGCAGUGUAUCACUCCAAAUUAGAAGAAUUACUACAGUUCACCAGAGCACUACCCACAUUAGUUUGGCACCGACAAAACUGGAAUAUUCUUUAUCCAUAUGUGCACCUUGAUGAGGAAGAAUUGACUGAUGUAAAAUCAACAACAAAUACAUAUAUCAUUGGUAGUUUAGAUUCUACACUGGAAACAAGGAAUGAUUUGUAUGAUAUCUUCAUUAAUGUACCACAUAAUGAAAUUAUUGUGGCUACACAUGUAAAAGAAUCCUUUAAUAUGGGUAAGAUUCAUAAAGAUAUAGCACAGCUAAUGGUACAGAGUGCCCAGGAUGAGGACAAGAGUGAUCAGCAAAUAAUUAAGGAAAUAGCAGUAAAGACAAAAGAUUUAAUCAACAAUCUGAAGACCCUGGCAACACCCAGUGAGGAUGGCGGUACACCUAAAAUAACACUGGAAGCUCUUCAAGAAAGACAGAUGCCACCAGCAAUGGAGAAUUUCCUCUUUAAUCUGGCUGCUGCCGAAGGUUUUGUGCAAUUCUAAAAAUUGAAUUACAGUUAGUGAUGGCUGCAAAAAAGGAAUGGAUCACAAAUACUGAACUAUUGAGGGCGCAGUUUUUAGUACAAGUGAAUCACUGCAUUCAGAAAGUUAUCAAUAUCACAAUGAAAUAAACUGAUCAUUGUACAUUUUAAUAUUUGUGUAAUACAUUUUAAAUGAAUAUUUAGAAUUCCCCAUGAUAAACUAUUGCAAACUACAUCUAAAGUUACUCGGCUCGGAACAUGUUACUGAUUCUCCAAAGAGGUUGCGAAUUUGACGUCAGUAAAAGGUAUAGAUUUGAUUGAAAGUACACUGUAACCUCGUUAUAACAAACUCUUUGGGGGACAUACAAUUAGUUUGUUAUAGUGAAAUGUUCACUAUAAUGAAGCACAUAAUACAUUGGGUUUGUUGUGAGCGGGAGACCUGCUCUGUUCAUUAUAUCAGGAAAUUCAUUAUAAAGGUGUUCAUUAUAUUGAGGUUACAGUGUACCUGUAAAACAUGUGUCCAAUCAGAGUAGCUCUAUGGCAAUGGAUAUACAACCAAAUGACGAGUUGAAUUUUCAAAAGAGUACAUACUCACUGAUUAGAAUCUGUCAACGUAUAGCGAUGAGACAAUGGCUGAAUAAACAUAAGUUGGUUGACAAAGCUCUCCAGUGAUGCAUGCAUUCCUUGGGAGACUUAAAGGGGAACCUAUACUAUAAGUAGGGAAAGAUGGCCACCGCAAUUAGUGUGCUAAUCUGAACCAAGCCGCUCACAUCAUGGCGAGAGCUCCGGGGAUUGUGCCAUUUACGAUGUUUAGAGAUCAAUCUGUGAUUUCAAAUACAUUUCUAUGGGGGCAUGAAUAUGUACGAUAGCGAUUACACUCAUCUGGUUGGGCUUUUGAUGUGUAAAUGUUGUUGUUUUCGGUCGAAACGUGCCGCAACAUGUAAAAAUCAUGAGUUUAAAAUGGCAGCUAAUGUAUGCAAAAUGCCUGCACAGUUUGAUUAAGCGAGCAUAAUAAGCAUUCUUUUACUUACUAGACAGAGGCAGAGUUAAUUACCAAUGAGCAUGUGGUGCAAUCCAUGGGAUUGAGCGGUUCCCCUUUAAAUCAUAAUUGUGAUAUCAAUUUCCUAAUUGUUCCAAACUGGAAUAUGAAAGUUAUGAAACACAUCAAGUAUAUCUGUUAAUUUUCAAUAAGGUAUAACCCUUUCCAAUCAAUAAAUCUCAAUUCUAGUUUUACC